UUUAUCCAACAAAAUACUACUAGCUGACCUUAUCUUCUUCCGUUCACUUUUGCUUCAGAGCACCUAUGGCUUCCACUCUCCUCCACUCUCUCUCAUUUCCAAACCCACUUUGCCUAAAUCAACUCUACCAAAGCCAAACCCCUACAACCCCAUCAACAUUACCGUUUAGGAAAGACCAACACUCUCACUUCUUCUCCAUCAAAUGCACAUCAUCAAACUCAGCUCCAUUAACAGAAUCUGAUGACACUGAGUCCUCAUUCCCUCCUCCAGUUUCCACAACCCUAAACAACUCAGACUACCCUAUCGAAAAGCGAAGAAGAUCUCAAAUAAUCCGGGAUAGAAAGGCCAAAACAGACCUUGUGAAAGGUGAGCCUCCAAACUAUGAAGUGGGGUGGAAAAGAACGAAAGAGAUAAAGCUCGAGAAGCCAGUAGGGUAUGUGAUAAUGGAUUUUUUGGACAAGUUGGUGGAGCUGAUGGAUAAAGAGUUUGGUUCAACUGCGCUUUUGGCUAAGGUUGGUGAAAUAGUGGCAGAGAGAGCGAGGGAAGAAGCUGAAGUCUUGAGAGAUGAAGGGAAAGUGGAGGAUAGAAUGGUGACGGAGUUGUUCAGAGUUUUGAAGUUGAUGGAGAUGGAUUUGGCUAUGGUUAAAGCAGCUGUUAAAGAAGAGACUUUGAAUGAGAGGCUUGAGCAGGCUAAGGCAAGGUGUAGACAAGCAAUACUUGUCGCUAUUUCUUUUUGAUGGUCAUGAAAUAGAUAAAUAAAUAAUACAUAAGGUUAAUUAUUCUUGGAAA